AUGGUUACAGUCCGCAAGAAGAGGCCGGCCAGGCCCCAAGUUGCAGCCGAAUUCAUCGGCGAGGCUCCUCCUCAAACAGGCACAACGUUCAAUAUCUGGUACAACAAAUGGGCAGGUGGCGAUCACGAGGCAUACCAACAGACGAAAGCGAAGGGACGCUGCAACAUCGCUCGAGAUAGUGGAUAUACGAAAGCCGACGGUGUGUCUGGCAGCUAUUUCUGCUUGUUCUUUGCCCGCGGUCUGUGUCCGCGAGGAGCCGAUUGCAUGUACCUACAUCGACUUCCCGGGACACACAGCGUCUUGGCGCCAAACGUCGAUGUCUUCGGCAGAGACAAAUUCUCAGGCUACAGAGAUGAUAUGGGCGGUGUUGGAAGCUUCAUGCGCCAGAACAGGACUGUUUACAUUGGUCGCAUCCACGUAACCGACGAUAUCGAGGAGAUUGUCGCGCGGCACUUUGCUGAAUGGGGGAAGAUUGAGCGCAUUCGCGUGCUAAACUCCAGAGGAGUCGCUUUCGUAACUUAUGUCAACGAAGCCAAUGCAGAAUUCGCCAAAGAAGCCAUGGCACACCAAUCUCUAGAUCACGACGAGGUGCUGAAUGUUCGAUGGGCGACGGAAGACCCCAAUCCCAUGGCGCGAGCCAGAGAAGCGCGACGGAUCGAAGAGCAAGCUGCUGAGGCUAUUCGGAGAGCACUGCCGGCGGAAUACAUCGCCGAAAUCGAAGGCAAAGAUCCCGAGUCAAGAAAACGGAGGAAGGUGGAGAGUAGUUACGGGCUGGAAGGCUACGAAGCCCCUGACGAAAUCUAUUUCGCCCAAGGCCCCAACGCAGUCAAUCCUGCUGGAAGACUAGCAUAUCAAGAGCCGCUCCUGAUUGAAGAUGGGACUGCUGCAGAGUCAGAGGUUCCGGCUGCCCAAGAGGAACAGCAGUCGCCUCCUGAGAGCGCGGGAGUAUUUUCAACCAGCACCUUGGCUGCGUUGAGUAAAGCAAAAAUUGCCGUCUCAUCAAAACCAGCGGCAGCUACAUCUACCGGUCCCUUGGUUGCAUAUGGUAGUGAUAGCGAUGAUGAUGAGUAA